AUGUCCGUGGAGGAUGUUAUCAAAAUUAAUCAGCCUGAAGAGCUUAGCUUCGAGAAAUAUCCUGAGAGUCCGGAGGAAUGCAAAAAAAGGGAGUACAUUGAACAAUUGUUGGCUGAGGGAAAUGGUAAAAUUGAUUUACAGAUUCUUAAAGUAUUGGCCCGUACGGACCACGGUCUUGUCUCCGACGAUUUGCGACGGAAAUUGUGGCCACUUCUGGCAGGUGUCGAUGUUACAGCACUGGAACCCGCUCCCAAACUAAGCGAUUUACAGACCCAUCCUGAGUAUAAUCAGGUGGUAUUAGAUGUUAAUCGAUCCCUGAAACGUUUUCCACCUGGAAUACCCUACGAGCAACGUAUUGCACUUCAGGAUCAACUAACAGUACUUAUUUUACGCGUUAUAAACAAAUAUCCGUACUUGCGGUACUAUCAGGGUUAUCAUGAUGUUGCGGUUACGUUUCUUUUAGUUGUCGGUGAGGAAGUGGCAUUUGCUGUGAUGGAAGAACUCUCAACCACACAUUUUUGUGAAUGCAUGCAAGAAACCAUGGAUGCGACCCAGAAGAGACUUAUGUUUAUUUGGCCAAUUGUCAAUUUUGAAAAUGCUCCUCUCUUUAAAUUUUUACAAAAGUCAGGUGUGGGUACACUCUUUGCUUUACCGUGGUAUUUGACGUGGUUCGGCCACAGUUUAAAUUCCUACAAAGCCGUGGUGCGACUAUACGAUUACUUUUUGGCUUCACCAAUCUAUUCUCCAAUUUUUGUAACUGCAGCAAUCAUACUGCAUAGAUCCGAAGAAAUUCUAUUGGAAGAGUGUGACAUGGCAAUGGUGCAUUGUCUUCUUUCAAAGUUGCCAGAUGAUUUGCCCUUCGAAGACCUACUGAAAAAAUCCAGUAACCUGUAUGAGAAAUACUCCCUGACCGUCAUUGAAAAGGAAGUGGAAAAACUUAUUAAAUUAGAAAAGCAACAAAGACAACGUGAGGAAAAGGAGGCUUUGGAAAGGCGUAAUCGAUUGACCCGCAAUUCUCAGAGAAAGGGAAAUUACAUUUUGAACCAUUGGCUACCACAGAUGUUAACGCCAAAAUCGUUCAUUGUCACCACUGCAUUUUCAAUACUUGUUGGGAUUUGCGCGUACUACUACAAGAGCCAAUAUAUGUCUACUGGAAUUAGUUGAGUAUAUCUGAACU